AUGCCGCACGGCCUUACCGUACUUACUGCCACUAUGACUGGCGGCGCAGUAGGAGGAUCGACUGCAGCAGGAACUGCUGCUUGCUGCGGCGGUUGGUGUCCUUGGUGCCCCACAGCAACAGCAGCAGCAGGGGCCCCUGCAGCAGCAGCAGCACCCACUGCAGCAGGUGCUGCGGCUGCAGCACCUGCUGGCGCUGCUGCAGCUGUACCCGCUGCUGCUGCAGUACCUGCUGCAGCAGCACCAGCAGCAGCAGGGACUGGUGCGGGUCUAGGAGCAGCAGCAGGGGGUCUUGGCGGAGCAGCAACAGCACCAGGUGCUGCGGCUCCUUUGCUUCCUGGCUUUGGUGCUGCAGCAACAACUGGCAGCGGCACAGCAGGUGCAGCAGCAGCAGCACCGCUGCUGCAGCAAGCCAUGGGUGUCGUUACAGGCCUUCUGCUGCUUCCUGGAAAGACAUCUUCUCUCUUAGCGAAAAUGCGUCAGCAGCAGCAGCAGCAGGAAGGAGAUGAUGAAGAAACUGUUGCUAGCGACGGCGAGAUCUCCCCCAAGACAACAGCAGCAGCAGCAGCAGCAGCAGCAGCAGCAGCAGGUAAACCAAGCGUCUCUUUUACCUCCUUCCCAGAUCAAAGGAGAGUGCGUAAGAUGAGUCAGCAGCAAAAGGAAGACGCUCAAUUCGUUGUUCUCUCUGCUCGCAGCUCCAACGCCUACGGCAGGUUCCUAUAG